CUACACCAUUACAUUCACAUGUUCCUCCUCUUAUUUCCUUUUUUUUUUACACCAGAAAUAAGUAGAGCCUUCAUUUUUCCUUUUCUAGCUCAAAGUUUCUGAAUAAACAGAACAACUUGUUCAGUUGCAAAAUUGUAGAUUUUCUUGUGAUUUUUAAAACAUGUCAAAUUCGCAAAAUUCUUUUGACGGCGGCAGAAGGGCCGGAAAAGCGCCGGAGAGAUCGAAUUUCGUGCAGACUUGUAAUUUAUUGAGUCAGUUUAUUAAAGGAAAAGCUACUAUUAGAGAUCUGAAUCUCGGAAUUGCUGGAAAAUCUGAAAUCUCAGGUAAAAGUGAUGUUACAGAAGCUGCAACUAUGGAUUUAUUGACAAUUAUGGAAAACCCCUCAAUUGAAACUAAAGAACAAGAACAAAAAUCCAUAGAUCCCGUUCGUCAGAGUGCUGUAACAGAAUCUUCUAGAGAUAUGGAGGUGGCCGUAAAUGAGCCCAGCACGAGCAAAGAGGCACCAAAAGAGCCUAAGGCAGCACAAUUGACUAUGUUCUAUGAUGGUAAAGUGAUAGUAUUUGAUGAUUUUCCAGCUGACAAAGCUAGAGCAGUAAUGUUAUUGGCUAGUAAAGGAUGCCCUCAGAGUUCAUUUGGCACUUUUCAUACUACAACCAUCGACAAAAUUAACACAUCUGCUACUGCUGCUGCCACAGCUUCUUUGACAUGUAAUAAAACUAAUCAGCUUAAACCAAGUACAGUUUCUAUUGCACCACCACAACAAAAGCAGCAGCAAAUUCAUGUUUCUUAUAGUAAAAGUGACCAACUCAAGCCAGGGUAUAAUUCUGCUACGCCGCAAGUACUGCAGCAGCAGCUAGUCCAUGUUUCUAGUACUAGUAAAACUGAUCAGCUUAAGCCAGUAUCAACUUCUUCUGCGUCGCAAAAACAGCAGGAGCAACAUCAGCAAACGCAGUCACAGACACCUGGAACUAGCAGCUCUGAGCUACCUAUUGCAAGAAGAUCAUCACUACAUAGGUUUCUUGAGAAGAGGAAAGAUAGGGCAACGGCUAGAGCGCCAUACCAAGUUGUACAUAAUAAUCCGUUACCAUCAUCUUCAAAUAAUAAUGGGGAAUCAUCUUCCAAGGAUUGCGAAGAUCAACUCGAUCUCAAUUUCAAGUUAUAGUAAACAGUUCCCAAGUUGCAAUUCCAUGAGUAUUUUUGGUUGGCGAUUGGAUAAAGUAAAGAUAGUAUAGUAUAGAAUAUUGUUUAGAUCAGUGAUUUCAAGAAAUUUUUCCAGCAAAGCUUAGCUUACAGAUCAUCUUUUAUGUAUUACUAGUAAUUACUAUUAUUUAUUAUCAACGAAUGUUUUGACUUUUCCAUUAUUUAAAUAUAAUGUUUAUUAAU